GUGUGUAUCCGUCCGCGGGGCCCGCCUCCCGUUCCCCUGGCGGUGCGGCGAACAAGAUGGCGGCGGUGGCCUUUGAGGUAGUGCUGUGAGCCCCUCGGCCUCCGCUCUUCUUUGCGGCUGGAAAGUGAAGCCUUCGACCGGGCAGCCCGGGAGCGGUGAACGGCGGUGGAGGAGAAACCAGGCCCGGCUGCCCUCCUCUCCGCCGCGGGCUAUUUCUUUCAGAUUCUUUUUUGGGUGCUUGUCAUGGCAACAGGAGGCGGCCCAUUUGAAGAAGGCAUGACUGAUCAGGACUUGCCUAGCUGGAGUAAUGAGAGCCUUGAUGACCGGCUGAACAACACGGACUGGGGAAGUCAACAGAAAAAAGCAAACAGAUCAUCAGAAAAAAACAAGAAAAAGCUUGGUGGAGAAGCUGAAACGAGGCUUACUAAUGAUAUAUCUCCAGAAUCUUCACCUGGAAUGGGACGACGGAAGACCAGAACUCCUCACACUUUUCCUCAUGCUCGAUACGUGACCCAGAUGUCUGUUCCAGAGCAGGCUGAAUUGGAAAGACUUAAACAAAGAAUAAACUUCAGUGAUCUGGAUCAGAGAAGCAUUGGAAGUGAUUCUCAAGGCAGGGCGACUGCUGCUAACAACAAACGUCAACUAAAUGAAAGCAAAAAACCAUUCAACUUCUUGUCACUGCAGAUAAACACUAACAAAAGCAAAGAUCCUAUAUCAGGUUCCCAAAAAAAGGAAAGUGGGGAGCCAUUGCAAUGUAAAGACCUGUUUGGAGCUGCUCUAAACAAAGAUUUCUUGCAAAAUGGUCAACUGUCUGUUCAAGAAGAUGGGAGAGGAGAACCAACUAUGGAUAGUAGCCAGAUUGUCAGCAGACUAGUUCAAAUUCGCGACUAUAUUGCUAAGGCGAGCUACAUGCGGGAUGAUCUUGUAGAGAAAAAUGAAAGAUCGGCCAAUGUUGAGCGUUUAUCACACCUUAUAGAUCACCUUAAAGAGCAGGAGAAAUCCUAUCUGAAAUUUUUGCAAAAGAUGCUUGCUAGAGAAAAUGAGGAUGAUGGUGUUUGGACUAUAGAUUCAGCUGUGGGAUCUGGUUCUGUAGGUGAGAGCACAUCGCUAAACACUGAUGUGCAAGCUGAGGCAUCAGAUACCAUGGCCAGAGAUCCUCAACAGGAAGCUAAAGAGGAGUUGGAGAACUUGAAGAAGCAGCAUGAUUUACUGAAAAGGAUGCUACAACAACAGGAACAAUUGAAAGCUCUUCAAGGAAGACAGGCAGCUCUUCUUGCUUUGCAGCAUAAAGCAGAGCAAGCUGUUGCUGUUGUGGAUGAGUCUGUUGUAACAGAGACAACAGGUAGUGUUUCUGGAGUAAGCCUUACAUCAGAAUUGAAUGAAGAAUUAAUUGACUUAAUUCAGCGCUUUCAUAACCAACUUCAUGAUUCUCAGACUCAGUCUGUACCAGACAAUAGAAGGCAAGCAGAAAGUCUUUCACUUACCAGAGAGAUUUCACAAAGCCGAAACUCUUCAGUGUCAGAACACCGGUCAGAUGAAAAGGCACAGCUUUUCAACAAGAUGCGAAUGUUGCAGGGGAAAAAGCAAAAAAUGGAUAAACUGUUAGGAGAACUGCAUACGCUUCGUGACCAACAUCUAAAUAAUUCCUCCUUUUUUCCAGCUUCAAGUUCUCCUCAAAGGAGUAUUGACCAAAGAAGUACAACUUCAGCUGCUUCUGCUCCUGUGGGUGUAGUAACUGUUAUCAAUGGUGAAUCAAAUAGUCUGGCAUCUGCUCCCUAUCCUCCUGAUUCCCUGGCUUCUCAGAAUGAGAGUGAAGAGGAUGACAAUCUAAAUCCAACAGAAAAGCUUCAGAAGCUAAAUGAGGUUCGAAAGAGACUGAAUGAGUUACGUGAGCUAGUUCACUACUAUGAGCAAACAUCUGAUAUGAUGACAGAUGCUGUGAAUGAAAACACUAAGGAAGAGGAAGAAACAGAAGACUCAAGAAGUGAUUCUGAACAUGGGGAUCCACAGCCUGUUACAAAUAUUAGAAACCCUCAAGGAAUCAGUAGUUGGAGUGAAAUAAAUAGCAACUCAAAUGUACAUUGUGGAACUAAUAACAGAGAUGGAAGACAUCUUAAUACAGACUGUGAAAUAAAUAAUCGAUCUGCUGCUAAUAUAAGGACUCUAAAAAUAUCUUCUACUCUAGACUGUCAUAACAGGGAGGGUGACAAAGAUAUUGACCUACCCCAAGGUGAAGAUGAUGAAGUGGAAGAAGAUAGAGCUAGUGAAGAUUCCAUAUCUAGUCACAGAAGCAGCCUGGGUGAUGUUGCAGGAGAUGCUGAGUUUGAGCAGAAGAUUAAUAGGCUUAUGGCUGCAAAGCAGAAACUUCGACAGUUACAAAACCUUGCUGCUAUGGUGCAGGAUGAUGAUCCAGAACCUCAAGUACUCACUGCAAAUGCAUCUAACAUGGGUGACUUUUUGAGUGAGAUGGAAGAGAUAAAGCAACAACCAAACAAUGUUCGAGUUAGCACCAAUAAGUUGCAAAAAGAUGUAGGACUGAAUGAAAAAGCAAGAGAGAAGUUUUAUGAAGCUAAACUUCAGCAGCAGCAGCGGGAGCUUAAGCAGCUACAAGAAGAAAGAAGAAAACUGAUGGAAAUUCAAGAAAAAAUUGAAGUGUUACAGAAAGCUUGUCCUGACCUUCAAUCUGCUGGCCUGGGUAACAGUCCAGCAAAUAGACAGACUUCACCAGCAGCCUCAACUCCAGCCAUGAAUGAGUGUAACACAGCUGGCAAGCCUUUACUUGAAUUUGGUGAAUCUGUACCAGUAGGCAAUGAGUUAUGGUCUGAGAUGAGAAGACAUGAAAUUCUAAGAGAAGAAUUGCGACGGAGAAGAAAACAACUUGAAGCUUUAAUGGCUGAACAUCAGAGGAGGAGAGAACUGGCAGAAACAAUAUCUACUGUUGCUGCAUCAGUUAAAAGUGAGGGGUCAGAAGUUCAGCAUACUCCCCAGCAGAGUAGGACAGAGAAUAGGACAAUGGCUACCUGGGGAGGUUCUACGCAGUGUGCACUAGAUGAAGAGGAUGGAGAUGAAGAUGGUUAUCUCUCUGAUGGACUUGACCAGGCAGAAGAAGAGGAAGACGCGCCAAGUAUGAAUGACAGCUUUUCCGUUUAUCCCAAUAACCAAAUACCAGAAAGUGUGUAUUAUCUUAAAGGAAAUAAGGAUAGGUGGAAAAAUUGCCGUCCUCUUUCAGCAGAUGGGAAUUAUCGACCAGUGUCUAAAACUAGGCAGCAGCAAAACAUCAGUAUGAGACGCCAGGAAAACUUUCGGUGGAUAUCUGAGCUUUCUUAUGUGGAGGAAAAAGAACAGUGGCAAGAACAGAUCAAUCAGUUGAAGAAACAACUUGAAUUUAGUGUUAGCAUUUGCCAGACUUUAAUGCAAGAUCAGCAGACCCUCUCCUGUUUUCUGCAGACUUUGCUUGCAGGCCCAUAUAAUAUGAUGCCCAAUAAUGUUGCUUCUUCACAAGUACAUCUUAUUAUGCAUCAGUUAAACCAGUGUUAUACUCAACUGUCUUGGCAGCAGAAUAAUGUCCAAAGAUUGAAACAAAUGCUAAAUGAUCUAAUGCACCAGCAAGAACAACAGUGUCAAGAGAAGCCAUCAAGAAAAGAGAGAGGCAGUAGUGCACCACCACCUCCAUCUCCCGUUUUCUGUCCAUUCAGCUUUCCUCCACCGCCUGUGAACCUGUUUAAUAUACCAGGAUUUACUAAUAUUUCUUCAUUUGCUCCAGGUAUAAACUACAAUCCGGUGUUCCCUUCUGGCUUGGGAGAUUUUGCACACAGUGGUUUCCCACAAAGCAGUGAGCAGCAGCAACAUCCUUUAGAUCAUAAUACUUCUGGAAAAACUGAGUAUAUGGCAUUCCCCAAACCUUUUGAAAGCAGUUCCUCUAAUGGAGCAGAAAACCAAAGAAGGAGUCAUAGGCAACCUGAAGAUGAAGUGGAAAAAAGAUCAACUUGGCUUAAUGAUAGCCAGGAAGUGAAAAAAGAUGAUCAGUCUCAACUGAAAGCAGGCUUUCCAGUUUCAGUUCAGAGCAUUUCUUCGGGUCAUAAAAAUCAGUCUGAUAUGAGCAGGAGAAGAAACUUUGAUGAAGAGUCUUUGGAGAGUUUUAGUAGUAUGCCUGAUCCAGUUGACCCAACUACUGUGACAAAGACAUUUAAAUCUAGGAAAGCUUCAGCUCAAGCAAGCUUGGCAUCAAAAGAUAAAACACCCAAAUCAAAGAAUAAGAGGAAGAGUUCUUCUCAGCUGAAAGGCAGAAUUAAGAAUACUGGUUAUGACAGUGCGAGUGCUUCUAGUGUGUGUGAACCCUACAAAAGCACUAAAGGUAAACACUCUGAGGAGGUUGUUCAUGCAAAGGUGUUCAGCAAGAAGAAUCGGGAACAACUGGAAAAAAUAAUCAAAUACAGUAGAUCUACUGAAAUGUCUUCAGCACAUGCUAGGAGAAUUCUGCAGCAGUCUAACAGAAAUGCAUGCAUUGAAGCACCAGAAACUGGUAGUGAUCUUUCUAUGUUUGAAGCUUUGCGGGACACAAUUUAUUCUGAAGUCGCAACUCUUAUUUCUCAAAAUGAGUCUCGGCCCCACUUUCUUAUUGAACUUUUCCAUGAGCUACAGCUGCUAAACACAGAUUACCUAAGACAAAGGGCCCUAUAUGCUUUACAGGAUAUAGUGACCAGACAUUUAUCUGAGAACAACGAGAAAGGGAAAUAUAUAAAAUCUCUAAAUACUGCAACAUGGAUAGCAUCAAACUCUGAACUCACUCCCAGUGAAAGUCUUGCUUCUACAGAUGAUGAAACGUUUGACAAGAACUUCCCUACAGAAGCAUGUCAGGACUGUGAACAAAAUGAUGCAGACAAUGGGAGCACUAUGUCUACAUCUUCACAUUUUGAACCCUUUGCCACUGAUGACCUUGGCAACACAGUGAUUCACUUAGAUCAAGCUUUGGCUAGGAUGAGGGAAUAUGAGCGUAUGAAAAUUGAAGCUGAAAGUACCCUUGGCUCUGAGGGCUGCUCUAGUAAUUUUCAGGGUGCUACUGCUGCUAAAUUAGAAGGUCCCAGCACGAGUGAAUGUCUUUCUGUGCCACAGUCAAGUGAAGUUUCUGCUGUCCCAUGUCCUCGCAUAGACACUCAGCAGCUUGACCGGCAGAUUAAAGCAAUUAUGAAAGAGGUCAUUCCUUUCCUGAAAGAACAUAUGGAUGAAGUCUGUUCUUCUCAAUUACUGACAUCAGUAAGACGUAUGGUCUUGACUCUUACACAACAGAAUGAUGAAAGUAAAGAAUUUGUCAAGUUCUUUCAUAAGCAACUUGGCAGUAUUCUUCAGGAUUCCCUGGCAAAAUUUGCUGGUAGAAAAUUAAAAGAUUGUGGGGAAGAUCUUCUUGUGGAGAUUUCUGAAGUAUUGUUUAAUGAAUUAGCCUUUUUUAAACUCAUGCAAGACUUGGACAGUAACAGUAUUUCUGUGAAGCAGAGGUGUAAACGCAAAAUAGAAACUACUGAAGAGAUACAAUCUUAUGCUAAAGAGGCAAAAAAAGGUCUCCAAGUGGAUGUUUGUUCAUCUACUGAAGAUAUCGAUGAGGACAAAGAUAAGGAUGAGACUGAAACUGCCAAACCAGUACAGGGCUUAGAAACGUAUGAUGGUAAUGAAGUUCCUGAAAGUAUCAAGUCUGAUGCUUCUGACCAAGAGGAAGAUGAAGGAAGUGAGAGUGGCCCACUGGCAAUAAGUUUAUCAAAAGCAGAAACCCAAGCUCUCACUAAUUAUGGCAGUGGAGAAGAUGAGAAUGAAGAUGAAGAAAUAGAAUUUGAGGAGGGACCUGUUGAUGUGCAGACAUCAUUACAAGCGAGCAAUGAAACAGCAACUGAAAAUGAACAGACUUCAAGCCAGGAACUGAGUAAGACAAAAGGCAGUGAUAUUUUGUCAUCUGAACAACAAUCUGUUAAUGUUAAAGGUGAACAAGAUGCAGCUACAAUUUUACCUCAUUACCUCAAUGUGGUGGAGAACACACCACCGUUAGCAGUGAAUACUCCAGAAUCGUUUAUAACAGCCAGUAUGAAAGCAGAAGAAUCAAGCUCAUCUUUACCAGAAAAUGAAACACAAAUGCUAGAUGCAGCAUGUGUAGUAAACAAAUCCUCUGCUGGAAGUUCAGAAAGCUCCAUGGCUGGCAGUCCUGACACAGAGUCGCCUGUGUUAGUGAAUGAAUAUGAAGCUGGUUCUGGAAAUAGUCAAAAAUCUGAUGAGGAUGACUUUGUGAAAGUUGAAGACCUGCCCCUUAAACUUGCAGUCUAUUCAGAGGCAGAUUUACUGAAGAAAAUAGCAUCAGAGGCCCAAACCAACAGCUUGUCAGAUGAAUUAUUGGAUGGAGGUGGGCAGCAAGAUCGAGAAUUAGUUGGAGAUGCCCAGACUCUGAAAGAACCAGUAAGCCAUGAUUUAAAGUACUUAUGAAGAAGAGGCAAGGAUCAAAUAUUUCUUAAACUUUUGGAGCUCUAAGUGCAUGAGAAUAAUCUGAAGAUACCUGCAUAUGUAAACUCUAUACAAAUGCGUAUGGAAGAUCAGCACUAAUUUCACAAAUUCUGAAAGUGUAUAAAAAUGUAAAAUAGUUUUUGACACGCUGCCUCUUAGAAUAGGUAGGCUAACUUCUGCCUGUGGCAGUUUGAACAGCUGGAACUGAAACUUCUUUUAUUCAGUUUUGCUGCACUGUUCUUUUUCUGUCUUAAUCUUUUUUAUUGUGACUUGUUUAGUAAUUUUAAACAUUUGUUCAAAAUUGUAGUUUUAAAUAAAGUUUGGACUUGUCUGUAAAUUUGUCUUUUGGAAAAAUUUCCUCAGACUUAUAAAAUGAUGUGAGGAGUUCGUUGGAAACUAACUGACCUAAGUGUUCAUGCGUUUAUAGUUUGCUGGUCCUGUUCAGAGAAAUGCUGUUAGUUUUCCUGGGAGAAGAGACUUUUGUCUCACUGUUUCUCAGUCUUCUACAAGCAUGACUUGUAGAUAGUCUGCAUCUCCUCCUUGCCUUAUAGCCUAAGUGUAGCUGGCCUGUAAAAAUUACUCUAGUUCAUGGCCUGUAGAGUUAAUGUCUGUCAGCACAUUUGUCUGAGGUGAAGUAGAUACCCUGUUUUGUUCUUAAUUGCAGAAGACAUCUAUUUUUUUUUUAUUAUUUUAUUAUUUCCAGUUCUUUAUUAUUUCCUUUUCAAUAUGAAACAGGAUAAACUUAGCUGAAAAUUUUAAUAUCCUUUCACAUGUGACACUUAAAAUUGCUGUAAGUGGAUACCUGUAAAAUUUUUUCUUUAAGUAUUUAACUUUGUGAAUGGUUUUUGGAUGUAAAAAGGAAGAUGUAUAGAAAAUUACUAUUAAAGUUACCGUGUAUUUAAAAAAAUUAAUAAAUAACAAAAAAAAGUUUAAGUUGGCACCUAAUAAAGUCAUGGCAAAGGCAGAAUUAGGGUCAUAGAAAAGUAGAUUGAAAACUAAAUCAGAAUAAAAAUUUUAUUUGCUCUUUCAUAUUCCUACUUAUAUCAGAAUUCCUAGUAACAGGAAGUCAUAAAGUUGAGCUAGAAAUAGUUUAUUCUGUAUAUUUACUGCAGUGUAGUGAUCCGGUUUGCCGUUUGUUAGGACAAGACUGUUUUCAAGGCAGUCAAGAAAGUAAUGAUUACCUUAAGUUCAGAAUUUGCUUCCUUUUUGUUAGUAUUACAAUAUGGCUAUAUGGUACGGAAGACAUUUUAGUAGUAGCGAAGGUUCAAUAUACCCAAAAUAGCAUGAACUUUGAAUAAAAUGAGUGUGAUUGUACUGUGAUUUCCCUUUUUAUUAUUUUUUGAUUUUGAGCCUCAGCUUUUAUGAAUGGAUUUUGAAAUGGCAGAUCAGAGAUAAGAGGUGAUUGUAAAAGCAAAAUUAUACAUAUUAAAAGGUUUAAAGACAAUUUUAGUUACUGUGCAGGCUUUAAAGUCACUGUGAUGCUGCAUGUAGAGGACAAGGGAAGUGCAGUCACAUUGCAAGCUGGUGAAAAUGAAACAAAAUGAAAGAUUUUAAUCACUAAAUGAACACCAGAAUUGGUAAACCUAAAAGAGGACAUAAGCUUAUUUUAGGCAAAAUAUUGUUUACACAUGAAAUGUUAACAUGAUGUCAGGAAACAUCAUGAGCACAAAAGGUGAGCAUUUAAUAAUGCUACUUAUGAAUAAUACAUUUUGAUGGAUUUGCCCUGCUCUAGUGAUGAAAUUUUGAGCAAAAACUGUGAUUGGAUUCUGUGAAGAUUAUGAACACUUGAGACAAAGGGGUAGUACAGGUGGGCCACUGGCUUUGCUUUGAUGAGAAAUCAAAUUGCAAUUGAGAAAGUGUGCAUAAAAUCCAUUGUAACUUUGGAAAAUGAGGCAAUGCUUGGCAACAUUAGAUAAAAUUGCAAUUAUAAUUGAUGUUGAAGCAGAAAAUUAUCCUCCAGGAAGGGUGAUCAACUAUAAUAGAUGUCAAAACUAAGAAAGGAUGUCUAGAUGGAUUGGUUAAAUAAUAAUCAGUGUAUGCCAUAAUGCUCAUAGAGAAUUAUGAUACUGCUGCAGGGGGCAUAGCAGGGAACAAUCUUUCAGGGUCUUUACAAUAAAAGACCUUGUAGUCAGGAUAGCUCCUUGUAGAGGGGCUUGCCCUAACAGCUUCAGGAGCAAUAAGGAAAGCUGAUAGUGCACAGUGUAGGUGAAGUCUUUAGCUGCAACUUCAGGAUUAAAUGUUCUGUUUCAAAAUCCAUGGAAGGAAAUGAGUUGUUUUUGGUUGUGAAAAUAAAGUUGAUGAUAGGAAGAAUUGACGUUCACUGUUUUCAAAUGUGAAACUUGUCACAGAGUAACUCAUCCACUAUUGAAGAAAACUUUCAAUAGUAGAUGAGU